AUGGGCCCCCACCCCCCCGCCCGGCUCCCUCAACACAAACUUUCCGUCCCGCUCGCUCCCUCCUCCGCGCCCAGCACCUCCCGCUCCGGCCGGGCUCAUUCCGUACAUUCCGGCCAUCCCCCUGCCCACGACCCCCCUUCCCGGCCCCCCUCACUACUCCCUCGGGCCCGGCGGAGCGGCCCGGCGGAGCGCCCCCCGGAGCUCGGAGCAGGCUCAGGCCAUCCAGGGGGCUCAGGCCCAGAGCCCAAAGCAACCAGCACAAUAGCGUCCAACAGCUGGACCGCCAACAGCAGCCCCGGGGAGGCCCGGGAAGAUGGGUCCGAAGGCCUGGACAAGGGGCUGGACAACGAUGCCGAGGGAGUGUGGAGCCCAGACAUCGAGCAGAGCUUUCAGGAGGCCCUGGCCAUCUACCCGCCUUGUGGCCGGCGCAAGAUCAUCCUGUCAGAUGAGGGCAAGAUGUACGGUCGAAAUGAGCUGAUUGCCCGCUACAUCAAGCUGAGGACUGGAAAAACCAGGACAAGAAAACAGGUGUCCAGCCACAUACAGGUUCUAGCUCGGAAGAAGGUUCGGGAAUACCAGGUUGGCAUUAAGGUCUGUAGUCACUUGCAGGUUCUAGCCAGGAGGAAGUCUCGGGAGAUUCAGUCCAAGCUGAAGGCUAUGAACCUGGACCAAGUCUCCAAGGACAAAGCUCUCCAGAGCAUGGCGUCCAUGUCGUCUGCCCAAAUCGUCUCUGCCAGCGUUCUACAGAACAAGUUCAGCCCGCCCUCCCCUCUACCCCAGGCUGUCUUCUCCUCCUCCUCAAGGUUCUGGAGCAGCCCCCCUCUGCUAGGACAACAGCCUGGACCUUCUCAGGACAUCAAGCCCUUUGCCCAGCCUGCCUACCCCAUCCAGCCUCCCUUGCCACCAGCGCUCAACAGUUAUGAGUCCCUCGCCCCACUGCCCCCAGCCGCUGCCUCAGCCACCGCCUCUGCGCCUGCAUGGCAGGACCGCACCAUCGCCUCCUCCCGGCUACGCCUCCUGGAGUAUUCUGCCUUCAUGGAAGUGCAACGGGACCCUGACACGUACAGCAAACACCUGUUUGUACACAUCGGCCAGACAAACCCUGCCUUCUCAGACCCACCCCUGGAGGCAGUGGAUGUACGACAGAUCUACGACAAGUUCCCCGAGAAGAAGGGGGGGCUGAAGGAACUCUACGAGAAGGGGCCCCCGAACGCCUUCUUCCUUGUCAAGUUCUGGGCUGACCUCAACAGCACAAUCCAGGAAGGCCCUGGGGCCUUCUACGGGGUCAGCUCGCAGUACAGCUCAGCCGACAGCAUGACCAUCAGCGUCUCCACCAAGGUGUGCUCCUUUGGCAAGCAGGUGGUAGAGAAGGUGGAGACCGAGUACGCCCGCCUGGAGAACGGCCGCUUCGUGUACCGCAUCCACCGCUCACCCAUGUGCGAGUACAUGAUCAAUUUCAUCCACAAACUCAAGCAUCUGCCCGAGAAGUACAUGAUGAACAGUGUGCUGGAGAACUUCACCAUCCUGCAGGUGGUCACAAGUCGGGACUCGCAGGAGACCCUGCUGGUCAUUGCUUUUGUCUUUGAAGUCUCUACCAGCGAGCAUGGGGCGCAGCACCACGUCUACAAGCUUGUCAAAGACUAGCCUGCCCUCGACCUCCACAGGAUGCAAGGCGGACAUCCUCCACACACCUGCCUGCCUGGUCUCCCCGUGUGGGUUGGGGGACCUAGCCCAGCCCCCCCCGUGGGUUUCAGGCUGGGACCCAGGCUGCCUCCCUGGCUCCAGCACACACGCUCCCUGCCACUGUUCUGCGCUUUACUGGAGAGAAGAGGGCUCCACGGUGGGGUGGCUUGCCUGGGCACUGAGCCACAGAUGACCAGGCUCCACCUGGCCUCAAGUGACACCAGAAUUGUACCACGGAGGACACCUUGGGGCUUAGUGUGUGGUUGCUGGCCCCUAGGGGAAUGUGAUGGGCAGGUGAGGGUUGCAUUGAGACUGGGGAGUGGCAGCUUGCAAGGAGGCCCUGGUACAUGGUGUCAGGUUGGGGGAGGCUGAGAAGGGCCCACACUUCUUUGUACCUUCUGGGUACCAGUCUGUUCCCAGGCCCCUUACCCAGCAAGUUUGGGUCUCCCAUAUCAGACAAAGUGCCAAGACGGAGGCCCACAGAAGUGGACGAAGGGAGCUGGGGCUGGUUCAGCUACCUCCCUAGCAGAGCUGCCCACGGGGUGGGGAAGGGGCUCUGCUGGGCUGAAGCCUAGACAGGGCUCUACUUCCUGUUCCCCCCAGCAUACCAGCCACUAGCCCCCCACCCCUCCGUGUCCUGAAGACAGGUGGCAGGGAACAGGAGGCUGCCUCUGCCUUCUCCACAUCCAGGUCCCAAGGUCACCUGGGUAUUUAUGAGUUUCAAAUGAAGUACUGUGCCCCCCAUCCAGCCCGAGCUUCCGGAAGGUUUUCACCAUUGCUCAGGCCACCUCCAAACCCCACGUAGGUUUUAUAACAUGUAUUAUAUAUAUAUAUUUUUUGUGUAUUUUUAAAAUCCAGCUGUGAUGGGCUACAUCAUAAAUGGCUCAAGGCAGGGGCCACUCAAGGCCUGGCUCCUGCUUUAAAAAAAAAAUUAAAAAGCUGUUUCUGGGUCAA